AUGGGCCGAGUAAAUAAAUGUUGCAAUCCAUUAAAUAAAAAGAAUCACAAAUACGUAAUUAAAAAUUUAGUUUUAAUCACAGCCAAUCGAGCUUGCGAUUUUAAGGAUUUUAUCGGAUAUUACAUGUGCAAUUCUUGUGAGAGAGCAAUAUAUCUUAGUCGUAAACCUGGAAAACUUGAUAAUCCUGCUGAAAAACCUGUAAAUAACAAUGUAAAUAUUGAUGCGACUGAUCCAGAAGUAGAUGAGAUUGAAGAUGAUAACAAGAAAGACCCGACCUUCAAAUCUAAUACUGUAGAUAAUCAAUUAAAAAUUAAUAACCUUAAUAAAUUGCUAUUGGAGGUCGGUGAACCACCAAUAAAAGUGAGACGAGUGUCGAGUGUAUCUGAGUGUAAAAAAGCAAUUCUAACUUCUAUGAAGAAAUUGAGCGGUACUGAUAUUAAUCAUAAAAAUCCAAAUGAUGUUCUUUUAAAUAAUUUUAAGUCUGCAUUUGACCAAACAAAUAGUAAGUCCGAAAAAAUCCAAGUGUUGACUACUCUUCCGUUAGAUUGGCCAAUAAAAAUGAUACGACGCGAAUUCAAAGUUUCAAAGAUAAUGGUACAAGCUGCUAAAAAUAUUAGAAAAAAAUUAGGAUUUGCGUCGCAGCCUGAUGCUAAAAAAGGAAAAAACCUGGAUAAUUCAACACUCGAUCGCGUUAAAAAUUUUUUUUUGUCUGAUGACGUUAGUCGUGUGAUGCCUGGAAUGAAAGAUUAUGUUACGGUUUCAGAAAAUGGACUGAAAUUGUUGAAGCAACCUAUACCAAAGAAGAUUUUUUAA